AUGACGGCGACGAACGCUCCCACCGCGCAGAUGGAAGCCAUGUCCGUUCAUGAGGGCCUCAACCACCCCGGCCAGUCUCCAGAGCCUCUGUCUAUCAGGACAGACAUCGCUGGGAAUUAUUACCCCAUGAUUCCCAAGCCCACAAUCAACGGUCCUCCACAAUCAUACUACCCCCAACCGCAGCUCUCAGCCCUCAACCAGCACUUUCACUCACCAGCCAUGAGCCAACCUACGAUGUGGGCUUCUCCUCGUUCCUCCGUGGACGACUUUGACAACUACUCCUACCGCGCUCCGGCUCCUACAUCCAACUACCAGGCCGCCUCUCUCUCGCCGCGCACCUGGCCCGACUCCGUGCAGACGCCUCCUCCUCAGUACGAGGUUCCCUUCCACCACCAGGAGCAAUAUGACGGCCUCCCCAACGGCCACAUGGGCAUGUCCCCUGAGGCACUUCGCGACUCCUCCCUCAACAUUGCCGUUGACUACGGGAACAACAGCUGCUUCCAACAGACCCUCACAGGACCCCACGACAUCACACCGAUGAAGUACGGCUCACCUCCCCCGAUGACCACGACCUGCGCUCCCUUUGUUGCGUCCCCGGCUUCCCUCCAGGACCAGUUCAAGACAGAAAACCACCCAAGCAUGAGUCCGAGCCCAACGCCUUCGGUCUCGGGUCAAAGAACCCAAGCUGCGAGAACCCCUCCCAACAGCGGCUGCGGCGAUGUUGACAGCGACGCAAAGUUGAACGAAAAGCGCGAGACCAACGAGCCCUAUGCCCAGCUUAUCUGGAAGGCUCUCAAGUCCCAGCCCGAUCGCUGCAUGACUCUUCAACAGCUCUACCAGUGGUUCCUCAAGAACACCGACAAGCCAGAGAAGGCCGGCGGCGACGGCUGGCACAACAGCAUUCGGCACAACCUCAGCAUGAACUUUGCCUUUGAGAGAAUGGAAGAGCUGCCCACGCACGAACUCACCGGCUCCUCAAGCGAACGCAUCCCUUCAAAGUGGCAUCUCAAGCCCGACUUUGAAAACGGCGUCAGGCCAACCACGCACUACCGCGAGCACCCCCGCAACCCCAACGGCGGUGCUAGGCGCCGCAACACCGACCCCAAUCGCCGCCGCGUCGCCAGGACCGCCACCUACCACUCCUCCCCGGAAUUCCCAGACCGCACGAUGCCCGGCCGCGCCCUCUCAGGACGCCGCGGUGGCCGCGCGACGACCAGCGCCCGCGCCGCCGCCAGGGACCUCCGCAUCAACACCAGGCUCGCAGAGCACGCUCAGGGCCCCUGGGUUCCCGGUCACAGCUUCGCCGCCGCGCAGAUUGAGAUUGUGAACCAACAGGCGGAAGAGAAGAGACGGCGCAACCGCGACGCCUCGGCCCGGUUCCACAUGCACGCCGCUGAGCGCGAGGCCGAGCUGGCAGCGCAGCAGCAACACCAACACCACCAGCACCAGUACCAGCAACACCAGCCGCCUUACAACUUCGCAGCCGCGCACUACGCCAUGAACAACAUCGCCGGCGUCUACCAGCACCCCCAACACGCCGCCGCCCCGCAGCACUCUUCCCAGCCCCAGCAGCAGUCCCAGCCGGGGCAGAGCGACAGCGUCCUCUACGGCUGGGGAGGCAGCAACGCCAACCAGGGGAUGUGA